CUCGUCUUGAUACUCAAACAAGUUUUUUAGUCGGCAGAGAUGGCUUAAGAUUUGACGCACACUCUCGCAUGGUUUAAGCACCUGCAUACAUCAGUUAAUUCACCAGCAAGCGAAGAACGUGUGUGAUAUCGCAAUUCAUACUUAUAUAUUCCAUUCGAGAAAUUAGUCUGCCUUAGAGUUUCAUUACAUUUAGCAAACUAUUGCUAAAACAUCUUCUAAAGUACUGAUUCAAGUGUUUCAUUGCGUUAAACCAGUGUCCAGUGGACUGUGCGCCAUAUUGAAUAAUCAGUAAUCCAGGAUCAGAACAACAGUGAUGAAGUGUGCUUAGGUUGGAGAGACCAAAUCUCGAUUUAAAUCUGUGUUGUACGAUAAAAAUGUGUAAGGCAAUGAAGCUUGUAAUUUUUGCCAUAGUUUUACUGUCCAGCGUCUACUCUAUCCGUGGUGGUCUCUCGGGGAUUUACGUGGACAAUGGAAUCGGACAAACGGUCCUGGAUACGUCGAUGACCAGCGACGAUCAACAUGAAAUCGAGCACGAGAUCUUGGAAUUGUUGGGACUUCCCGAAAGACCACACAAGCGCCAUUUGCAUUCAUCGAUCAGUAAAUCGGCUCCUCAAUUCUUGCUGAAUGUCUACGAUAAACUAUCACACGACGGAAUUUUGAGCUCUCACGUUCGACACGCCAGGAGUGCCGACGAUGAGGAUAUACUCUUCACCGAAGCCGAUAAUAAAGCCAUCGAUCAAAGUGAUAUCAUUAUGACGUUUUUGAACAAAAACCAUCAUGUCGCUGAAGUACGGCAUGAGAAAGGACGAAGACUGUGGUUCGAUGUGCAUGAGACGAACGAUGACGCCGAGCUAAUAUUGGCUGAACUAAGACUUCACAAGAGUAGCGAGUUUGUAAAGCACAAAUACAACGCUGAAAACGUGACUAUCGUCGUUUACUCGAUAACAAACCUUGACGGCGAAAAAGAACUGAUGAAGAUAUCGGAAGCGGACGUAUCGACAGACUACGAUGGAUGGAUCGAGCUGAACGUAACUUCAGUAGUUUUAGACUGGAUCAGCAAUAGGCAGUCUAACAAGGGAUUCUAUAUUGGUGCCUAUUCGAAAAAUCGUUCUGAUAAAGAAAUCAAAUUAGACGAUAUUGGUUUGGUCAGCGCCAAAGGAGAAGAAAAGUAUCAACCAUUUUUGGUUGCCUACUGUAAAGGACCCCAAAUAGUGAAACCCGUAAUGCACGUUCAUCCCAGAAGCAAGCGUAAUGCUCAGAGAAAACGGAAAAACAAAAGCGAAAAUCGAAAUCCCCUUAGUGAUCCAUCGUCGAUCGAUCAUCACAAAAGUUGUCAAAUCAAAACGCUCUACGUCAGCUUCAAGGACCUAAACUGGCAGGAUUGGAUCAUCGCACCGGAAGGGUACGGUGCAUUUUUCUGCAGUGGCGAGUGCAAUUUCCCGCUGAACGCCCAUAUGAAUGCAACGAAUCACGCGAUUGUCCAGACACUGGUUCACCUAAUGCAUCCCAGCAAGGUGCCGAAGCCAUGCUGCGCUCCAACCAAGCUGAGCCCGAUCUCGGUGCUGUACCACAUCGACGAGUCGAAUGUGAACCUGAAGAAGUAUAAAAAUAUGGUGGUGAAAAGUUGUGGUUGUCAUUGAGAGCAUUGCCGAGCAAAGCUUGCAACUGCCAGCCAGUCAGUGGGCAGAUCAAUAUGCUUGAAUUGAGUGCAGUGCCGAACUAGUUUGUAUUAAAAAAAAAGUAUUCCUCGAAAAGCAAGUUCAAUUUUGCAACGUUUCUCUGAUACAGAAUCUCUAUAUACAUGCUAUCACCUUGGGUAUGCGUUUCUAUUAAAUUUAUUUACAUUGAAAGUGAUUGUAAAUUGUAACUUUUGAUAACUCUUAUGUAGUGACUCUUGCCAAAUUAUUUUGGAAUAAAAUAUUGACUUAAAUUAUC